CUUUGCCUUCCUCAGAUCAAUGCCCUGGCCACUCACUUUCUGAUGUUGCACGACGGGAAAUGCUUUGAAUACUUGCGACAUGGCUGCGCGCAUUGAUUGCCAAGAUUGACAGCAGCUCCAGCCAUCGUCUUCUCUUGUCUUGAGUGUAAAGAGAGGGAGAGAGAGAGAGAGAGAGGAGAUAAAGAACAGAUAGACGAACAACAAAAGGUACUUGUAGUUUUUGUGGACAACCUAACUUCACAGAGAGUGUACGGGAUCCUCUCAUAUGGCCCCGUGUGAGCAGACUUAAGUUUUCGCUCAACAGAUAGCUCAGUGAUCAUUCGCUAGAAAAAGUACAGACGAGUCUAGUGUUCUUUUGCGCACCGGGGAGAGAAAAAAAGAGAGGACGCACAAUUAUCUUCUCCACGGCUCACAUCAUCAAGGUUAUUUUCAUGAAUUCAAAAUCAACCGACCAGUGAUCGCUGGAAGCUGGGGAUUGAGUGUUUCAGUUUUUAACCCCACACGCUGACAUGGAGGGCUUUCUUCGUAGCAGCUUUUUACUGAGCAGAGUCAUGUCUUCCAAGCAAGCCACGUCUCCUUUUGCCUCUGUGGUUGAUGGAGAUGAUGCCAUGAGUCAGGAGCACUUGUCUUGGGAGAAAGAGGAGAGUGCCGAGGCCCACGGCACACCACAGCUGCCCCUGCACAGUCUGCUCCAUGGAAAAGCCCCUGAUGAAAUGCAGCCUCUCAGCAGUGUACCACCAGAGAGUGACUGGGACAGCCUGGUGUCAGCCCAGCAGCGCAUGGAAUCUGACAGCAAUAAAGUAUGUUCCCUGUACUCCUUCCGGAACAAUUCCACUUCCCCACACAAGCCUGAGGAGGGGGCCCGGGAGCGAAGUGACCUGCUGAGCGGAUCAGCGUUUGGAACUCCGGAGCGCCGCAAAGGAAGCCUGGCAGACGUAGUGGACACGCUGAAGCAGAAGAAGCUGGAGGAGAUGACAAAGACAGAGCAAGACGAAUCUUCAUGCAUGGAGAAGCUUCUGUCUAAAGAAUGGAAAGAGAAGAUGGAGAGGCUCAACACUAGUGAACUGCUGGCAGAAGUAAAAGGUACUCCAGAGAGUCUGGCAGAAAAGGAACACCAGCUCUCCACAAUGAUCACCCAGCUGAUCAGCCUGCGAGAGCAGCUUCUGGCUGCUCACGAUGAACAGAAGAAGCUUGCGGCCUCACAGAUGGAAAAACAGAGGCAGCAAAUGGAGUUAGCUCGUCAGCAGCAGGAGCAGAUUGCGAGACAACAACAGCAGCUUCUGCAGCAGCAGCACAAAAUCAACCUCCUCCAGCAGCAGAUCCAGCAGGUCCAGGGUCACAUGCCUCCGCUCAUGAUCCCCAUUUUUCCACACGACCAACGCACUCUAGCAGCAGCAGCUGCCGCCCAGCAAGGCUUUCUCUUCCCUCCGGGAAUGUCUUAUAAGCCAGGUGAUAACUACCCGGUGCAGUUCAUUCCAUCUACAAUGGCAGCUGCAGCAGCGUCAGGACUCAGCCCCCUCCAGCUUCAGCAACUGUAUGCCGCCCAGCUUGCCAGCAUGCAGGUCUCUCCUGGAGCCAAGAUGCCUCCACUCCCCCAGCCCCUCAAUGCUAGUGGGCCCAUUUCCCCCUCAUCUCUGAAGAAUGACAAGAGUUCCUCCAGCCCCAUCACUCAAGUCAAGGAGGAGGGAACGCAGCCUCUCAACCUGUCUGCUCGGCCAAAGACGACAGAACUGGUCAAAUCUCCUACAUCCCCAACACAAAUGCUGUUCCCCGGCAGUAAAAGCAGCCCUAACAGUCUCGUCGGUAAAGGUGGCAUCCCCAGCCCACUUGUGGGAGGCCUGGGACGAGGCUCGUCUCUGGAUAUUCUGUCCAGCCUAAACUCCACUGCGUUGUUCGGGGACCAGGACACCGUGAUGAAGGCCAUCCAGGAGGCUCGGAAAAUGAGGGAGCAGAUCCAGAGGGAACAGCUGCAACAUCACCAGCAGGGCAUGGAGGCAAAGCUGUCCGCCCUCACUUCAGUGGGCCUCAACAACUGCAGAGUUGACAAGGAGAGAGCGCAUUUUGACAGCAUCGGGCACCACCUCGGCAAGCUGGGUGAGGAAGGAAAAAUCGGCCACAGAGUUAUUGACCUCACCAGGCCAGAGGAUCUCGAUGGGUCCAAGGAAGUCAAUGGCUCUUCAGAUAAACCCCAACCCUAUUAUUGUUGGCCAACAGGAGGCGCUGGAUCUACUGAGGCGCGAGUCUUCAGGGAAUCGCGAGGAAGGAACAACAACGAGCCCCACAUUAAAAGGCCAAUGAAUGCAUUCAUGGUGUGGGCCAAGGACGAGCGGCGCAAGAUCCUCCAGGCCUUUCCUGACAUGCACAAUUCUAACAUAAGCAAGAUUUUGGGUUCUCGGUGGAAGUCUAUGUCCAACCAAGACAAGCAGCCAUACUAUGAAGAGCAGGCUCGUCUGAGUAAGCUCCAUCUAGAGAAGUAUCCCAACUACAAGUACAAACCUCGGCCUAAGAGAACCUGCAUUAUCGACGGGAAAAAACUCCGCAUUGGAGAGUACAAGCAGAUGAUGCGCUCACGGCGACAAGAGAUGCGGCAGUUCUUCACCGUGGGGCAGCCGCCACAAAUUCCCAUCACCACCAGCACCAGUAUGGUCUAUCCUGGGGCCAUCACCAUGGCGACCACAACACCGUCACCUCAGAUGACAUCAGAGUGCUCAAGUGCCUCAGCAAGUCCUGAGCCUUCCAUUCCCGUCAUCCAGAGCACCUACAACAUGAAGCUAGAGCCCAGUACCAUGGCGAACAACAGUGAGCCAGUCAACGGCGAGGACGAGAUGGACAUGUACGAAGAUUUUGAGGACGAACCCAAAUCAGACUAUAGCAGUGAAAAUGACACACAAGAGCCAGUCAGCGCCAACUGAGACCUCUUCAAGUGAAGAGGCCGAUGCAGAGACAACACUCAUACAGGACGACGCCCAGAGGGCUGGUCUGAUCUGAGGGAGGGAAAGAGCAAAAGAAAACAAAAACUAUACCACAAAGGUUUAAAAAUGUUUUUUAAAAAAAACAAUGAUGUAUCAUGUAGAAGCCAGCAUGCAGCUGUGGCUUCAUCCGAAUCAAAAGCUAUUUGGUCUUAAGUGUUUCUUCAAGUGUGUGAAGCAGUUUGGUUGUGGUAAUUUAUAUAUUUUUUUUAUCUCAUUGUUUGUUUUUUCAUUGAGAUCAUGGACAUUUACACAAUUAGGUUAUUGCCUAAAACAGAAGAUGGAACUUGAAAUUGAACAUUUGAUAUGAACCUAUAGCUCUUACAGUCAUUAACCUUGUUUUCCUCUUCAAUUAGAUGAUUUUGCUACAUUACCUAACUGUUCAAGAUGGGAAUGCUAUUCUCACUCAGGUAUAGUGUGCCAGCCAACAGCUUGUGAAUGUUUUUAAUCAAGAGAAAAAUAUUACCAUUACAAAAUAUCUCAAAAUGAAUAUGGAGUGAUUCCAAUUUAGUACAGAGGGUAAUUACACAUUAUUAUUAUUGUUAUUAUUAUUAAUAUUAUUAUUAUUUAGUUUUUGUUAAUUAUCAUUACAAAACUGCAUAAUUUAGUGCGUAAGUGCCAAACAUUUCAAGUUUUAAAACCUAUAAAGUCUUUUGGGAGAGGAUUCGUGAGUCUUAGACAAUCUCUUCAUCUCUUAAUGCAGCUUCAUUAUCCAGUCUUUCUUUAAUUUACCCGAACAUAAUAAACAAACGAAACUCAGGAACUUGGAGCCAGCAAGCUCUGCAGGAGGUUACAAUAUGUUACAUCCGUGGAUGGUAGCUUGUGAUGCUAGCUGUUCUCCAGGGAGGCCAAUGCAGUGAUCAUCAAUAAAAGCGGCCAGCCCCUUUCAUAUCCUCAUCCCAGUCCACACAGAACCGUGGCAUCCUUCACUUAUUUCCAGCUCUGCAACCCAGUCUGACUCACCAAGAUCUUAAUCAGAGUUAUUGUAAUCAGGCCAGAAUGCUAAAGGGCCAAAGGCCUCCAAUCUGUGGGAUUGGAACAGCAGCGAAAGGCAGCUUUGGUGGCAUUACAAUCUCAAAUUGAUGUUGUACAAUGUGUAGCUACAGUAUGUUCUGUUAAACACUUUAGCCCCAUUUGGAAGGCAAGUUUAAAGUCUUAGCUCUUAAAACGUAAUUUUUUUUUUCAAUCUUAAUUCUUUUUAGACAUUGUAAAUCUUAAACUGACACUAAGAAGUCUUAAAGCAGAGCACGGUCAUCGGGUUGAUGCAAUGAGUUGAUUACUCGAGUAGUCUUGAAAGGAGUGACAGUUUGCACUGACAUCUCUAAGUAGAGAAAAAAAGGAUAAAGUGAUGUUUGUUUCUCAGAUUACCUCAUCAUGUACAUAUGAACAAGGUGACUUAAAACAUUGUUUUCUCCAUUAGUGCACUUACAUAAAUUCUGUCACCUUUGAGCUGUAUUUUGCUUUUUUUCUGAUAAUCUGAUUAGCUUUUUUGGAUCGCACUUAUCUGUCACAUUUAAAGAAGACAAAACGCAAUGACUCGAAUCACGCAACACAAACUCUCUAUCCCUAGUUUAGGCUUAAAACCUGACAAGUGCCGACCUUCCGGAGACAUCAGCUAAAUAAAGCUCCUCUAGCGGUCAGGGCCUUGAUGUUGAGACUCAGAUCCUCUUUACAGGGCAGAAGGUCUAAGUGGCUCUCCUCCCUGCCAUGCCCUGCUCUGACCCCAGCCUGUGGCAACCUCAGCACCCAGGGGGCGCCAUCUGGCUCAGAGAAGGAGAAAACACCAGGGAGGGAAGGGAAACAAUAAAAAUGGGGUGUGUGUCCCUCAUUGUGCUCUCCAUCAAAGUGCUGGAAGUAAGGCCUCAACAGGGCUCCCACGCUGGCCCAAUCACCAGGCACUGGCGAGCAGAUGGAACAAGUACAUCAAGCUGUGGGGGAUUAUUAAAAUGACUGACGACUGGGUAUCAUCUGAAAUACAGCAUUAUUAAUGCAUGAGUCCAGCUAUUCCCCUCCCUUGCCCUUGAACCUGUCCAUUUCAGAGAGAGUGCAGAGCUUUUUUAAGGAUCUGAAUGGCUGGUCACUGGCUUUAACUGGUCAAGAUUCCCACUGCUGGUCACUGCAUUUCUCCCCUUUGCUCUAUCUGGUACAGAUGGCUCUUUAUAGCUCUCUUAUCUUCUGUACUCUUAUUUUUAAUACCCAUUCAAUGCUGAUUUGCAUCGUUUCUACUUUUUGAAACAUUCAUAUUAAGUCGUGUAAGUUUUUUAAUCACCUCAUUUAUAAUUCCCAUUUUAUUUUAUUUUUUUAAAAUUUUCUUUCAUUGCAUCUUUUUUUACAUUGUUCUCAUUUUGAGGUACAACACAGUUUAAAAGGAUGCUCUCCUACAAACAAACCCAAGUGGAUUUCCCUCCAAGUCAACCUGUUUGGUAUUUUUAAACUGUUUGCUCCCGUUUGCUGGUGGUUAGAUUGAUUUGUAUGUGAUUGUAAAUAUUUUCAUGACCAUGCCACACUGCUUUAGUUGGCUGGUAGUUAAACAGGACUCUUCACGGAACUGAAACUUGACUGUGCUUAUAUAGCGGGGGAAAAAAAGACAAAAAAAAGAGAAAGGAAAAAAAAACAACAACAACAAGAACUCACGAAGAGACAAUGUUUCAUAAGUGUUAUAAGCACUGGAUAUAAAUUGUAUUUUUUAUCAAUUCUGAUUAAUGUGAAGCUGUUUGAGGAAAAACACCAUGAAUGAACAAAAUUCUCCAGUUGGACUCAAGUGGAUUUGCUCUCACAGUUACCAGAUUUGAGUCUUUUUUUGUCUACUUAUUUUGUUUAUUUAUGCAAAGACACAUGUGACGAAUGAACACUUUGUUUAAGCUUCAGGGCUGCCUAGGGGAGAGACUCAGCACAAGAAAGUGAGCAGAAAAUUCAACAGCAGGCUCGGUGAGCCUUGAAACACCAGACUUCAGACUUCAGUGCAUUGUAUAUUGUAUUUGAAACUGUAGAGUAUCAACAUAUUGUAUUUAUUAUCAGCCACUGCUGGCUCUAAAACUGUCAGUAAAAUAACAACAUGGACAAUCAGAGGAAAUGGGAAAAAAAAAAAAAAAACGUAUUUGAUGAAUUGGAGCUAAAAAAAAAACGGUUUUCAGUGAAUUCACCAUCUCAUUUAGAUUUUAUUGUAAAUAACACAUAGGAAAUAUAUUUUUGUUCAUUAGUGAAGUAUAAGUUAUGUAUUUGGCUGUUCUAUUAUAUUUUCUUUUUCAUGUUUUAUUUUUGUAUGUGGUUUUUAUGUUUUGAAAGCCGACAAGUCACUGUACCUCAUAUAGAUGCUGAGUUUUUUCUGCUUAAUGGAAGCGAGCAGUAUUGGUCCUGAGACAGAGAGGAGCACCUCACCUGCUUAAGUUUUCUAAAUCUUCCCUCGAGUAUUCAAAGAAGCAACAAAAGCUAUUCAUCAUCAGGCUCGAAAACAACUAAGGUACUAAUUUAAACAACAAGCACUUGAUGUAAAAGAGUAAUUUGUUUCCAAUCAUGAUACAAUCGAAGCGGUAUGCUGUAUAUCCUCACUAGUGUUUUGUGUUUAUUACAGCACAGUAUGUGGCAAUUUUUUUUAUGAGGAGUUCAUCUGAAAAAAAAAUCUGCAUGUAUAAACAAAGGUGGUUUUUUUUUUUAUGAGUGACUGUUUCCAACAUGAGAAAUGUUAGAUUUCUUUUUUGAAAUGUGGGAGCGUGCAAGUAUUUAUUUGUUUUAAUGUGGCAAAAUGAUGCACAGACAUGAUGCAUUAUUCUUAGUUGAUUCUCUCCUUGCCAUCUUUUUUGUAUGUUGCCAACUGUUAAUGAACAUGUCCACGACUAUCCAGCCAUCUGCAAAUGUAGCCCUCACAAUUUGUUUCUCUUAUUUCACUCUUUGAGACAUGCAAAUGGUUUGAAUGAAAAACUGAAGACAAAAGCUUCUAUGCUGUUUCAACAUUACUUACUGUAAUUAGAUUUUUUUUUCCUUUGUCUGAACUUUGUGAUGUAUAUGGUGGGAAUGUUCUCUGUGUUAAUUUAAUCAGCACAAUUCACUGACAUGCUGGACUGACAUGCUAGCUGCUGUUCAGAAGUGUAAAAUUUGUUGUUCAGGGCAACAUUUAUAGUUGUCUUUGGUACUUUUUUGCUUUUUAGAGUUGUCUCUCAAGCAACACUGUGUGGGGCUCUUCUAUCACUGGAGCCAAUGUUUUGAAAUUGCUGGCAGCCUGAUACAAUUUUCCGCAUAGAAAACUCUUUUGUUUCAUUUUUUUUUCUCCCGGCAGGUACCUAGGCCCAUGGCAAGUAUUGUUUGGGUGUUAUUAGAGAAAAUGAAAUACAUAGUGUCUGUUGCUGCUUUAAAAAAAAAAGUUUAUGUCUGAAUAUGUAAAUAGUUUAUCAUAAUAUCUUGUACAGUCCAAUGUAAAGUUUUUAAUUCAACUUAAAAAAAAUGUUGCCAUCACGUUUGUGUUCACAUUCUUCUUUAUACAGUACAAAAGGUCAAUUAUUUGCUAGGGGUAUUAUUGCUAAAAUGAAAAAAAAAAAAAAUGAAAACGUUACUUAAUUUUUUAUGUUUGUUUUGUUUUGCUUGGCUUCAAAGUGUACACCAGCAAGUCUUUGGUUUCCAUGUGCAGUAUUGACGUGAGGUAAACUUAAAGUGAAUAAUUUUACAUUGGUGUGUGUGGAGAGCAAUCUCCUUGGCUUUGGUAGUAUCAAUACACUAUAUCAAGUGAAAACAAACCAAUGAUUGACACAUUUGGGUGCAUCUAAGGCACCACAUGAAUGUGUAUACUGUAUAUGAUCAAAUUAUCCCCGCAGGAUCAAUUCAGACAGAUUAUAACACCGUUUUUCUGUAUGUCUCAGUCCACUGUAACAAUACAGCGGUGGGCUGAAUAACUGCCUGUUUUAGCUGAUUUACCUCAAGAAUUUCUUCCUUUUCUGUAAAAGAGACAGAAAUUGUAUUACAGAAAGCUUCUCACAUCACUCCAUCUUUUGUACUGCUGUUGACACUUACAAAUUAAAGAGACAUUUUGUUUUAA